AUGGCCAGUCCGGCGACGGCCCCCGUCCUAACCUGGUCUCCGUUGCUUUUCCCGCCCUGGAACACGGCCCUUCUGCCCGCCGCAUUCUAUCCAGUCGCGGCACUGCGCUCCUUGCCCGGAUUCCUGGACAGUAUGAAGCUACCACAGUCGCAGCGCACGACCAGUGCCGGGGCCGGCUUUCGGAUCUGCAAUCUGCUGGAGCUCGACAACGACAAGAAGCACGUGAAGAAGCGGAAAAACUCCGGCUCGCUGGACGAUCCGGCCAUCCACCGGUUACGGGACGGUGAGGAGGACGGGGACGACGAAGAUGGGGAGGCUUCCCGGGGUGCCAAUAAUUCCGGCUCGCGCCGAUCACUGAUAGCGGCGCAUCCGGAGGACACCAGCAGCAAUCCGGACCUGCACGGCAGUGGCAGCGGGAACAGUGCGGCCAACAGUGACGACGACGACGGAAGCCGACCGGAGACCGGCCGUCGACGGGAGACGCCGCCGGGCCGGGGACGGACGGACGGACGAACGACUCCUGCCGGCAGUCGGUACGAUAGUGGCGACGAAGGCAGCAAACCGCCACCCCUGGGCCUGAGGACUUCAACACUGGCCGAAGAUUUGCACGCCCGCUUCGGAUACCCUCUGCAUCCUGCGUCGCAUCACCUUCACCACCACGGGCACCACCAGCACCCGGCGAACCAUCCCCAUCAUCCGGCGCAUCUGCAUCAUCAGCAUCACCUAACGACACCUCCGAGCCACCACCACGGGCACCAUCCGCAUCCGGCACUGUUCGGACGAUCCUGGCCGUACGAUGGCUGCAAUACACUCAAUGCAUGCCAUCAGCAACAGGCCCAGCGGUUGUUCGCGCAGCAGGUCAGUCCUGCGGACAGUACCUCACCGGUGCACUCGGAACGGUCGUACCUUGGCAGCGGUGGCCUCUCGGUCGGGACCACCGGGGGAAGCACGGGAAACGGAUCGACGCAUCUGGUUCCGGUGCGCGCAGGCUCUGGAAUGCGCACGCCCAGCCCUUCGGACUCGGAGCGGGGUCUGGACGAUGCCCACCACCAUCAUGGGGGCGAUGGGCACACGGAAAACUCGGACGAUGUCGAUAUCGAGGAGGGCUGUGAUGACGACAUGAUCGACAUGAUCGAAGAUACGGACGAUCCGGGAAGUGGCGAGCGAGGGCAUCAUCCGUCCGGGGCACUCGGUGGCCACAAGAAGCGCAAACGGCGCGUGCUGUUCUCGAAAGCCCAAACGUACGAGCUGGAGCGUCGGUUCCGUCAGCAGCGCUACUUGUCGGCUCCGGAGCGGGAACAUCUGGCAUCGCUGAUACGGCUCACGCCGACGCAGGUGAAGAUCUGGUUCCAGAACCAUCGCUACAAGACGAAACGGGCCGCCCACGAGAAGGGAGCGCUCGAUCACGGCGGUCACGGAGGUGGUGGAGUUGGUGGUGCUGGUGGACUUCCGUCGCCGAGGCGGGUCGCGGUGCCGGUGCUGGUGCGGGACGGUAAGCCGUGUCUGGGUGGAGGUGGAAAGCAACCACACGACCUACUGACGGGUGUCCCUUCGGCGGCCCACCUGCAACUGCCACCCGGGUUUCAGCACGCGAGUCUCCUGCAUCACGCGGCCGCAGCUGCCGGUCGGUGGUGGUCCUAA